AGCUUGUAGGUAAGCAACAACGGAAUUAAAAGAGACUUUGAGAUGUCCGCUCCAACCUCCGACUGGUCUGAUGUUUCCCACUUCACUCUCUCUCUCUCUCAUCUGCGAGUAAAUAAACUACACAGCACAGGGGAAUUGAUAAUCCCAAUGAGAAGCAAAAUACAUUGAGAAACGAACCAAGCCUCCAUCUCCAAGAAAAUUGGAGAUUACGUUUAGAUUCGUAUUUUCAGAACAAGGAAUAAAAUUGAUAACAUGGAGAAGCCCAAAGACAAGAUCAAGCAAGAAAAGCAGAAGAUGGCUAUCAGCAUGGGCGGCGGCAGGGGCGGAGGUGGUGGUGGUGGUGGUGGUGGUGGUGUUGGAGGAGUUCUCGUGUGGGGCGGAGUAGUGGCAAUUGCUACCUUAGUUUCGGUGAUUUCUGCAAUUAAAUUGAGGAACAAAAGACUACCCAACAAAACCAACCACCACCACCACCCGCCGCAGCCACAACCAAUUCCCAUCACCACUGACGCAUGUAACCAGUUGGAAGUGAACAACGACAACAGUAGUAAUGAUGAUCAGGGAAAAGGCCUCCUUGUUCUUCUUCAAGAUAAUUCCUCUCCACCACCGGAUUACCAUCCAAGUGGAGAUGGAAUUAAAGAUGCGUCUCCGACCCAGAUUGAUUCCACACCGUUGGACACCAGCAAAAGCUUGAUCUUGGACAUCGACACCAUGCUUGAGAUCACUCGGCCAAAGGAGAAGCCCAACUAUUUGGACAUCGUAUUGGGUGAUAAUCCAAAACCAAAAAACAGUUCAUUGGGGACUGAUUAUGGUGUCAACAAGCAAGACUACUCAUUGGUAGCAGAGGAAAAGGCAAUUGAGAAUAAGGUACUUCAAUCAGAUCAGUUUGAAGAAGAACUCCCAAAAAUACAAUCGAUGGGACAAGGAGGAGGAGAAGAGGAAGAACAAGAAAAUGGAGCAGAAAUAGUGAGUGAAGUAACUGAGACAUUUCAAAUUGAUCCGUUUGCUGUUCAAUUUAACCAGGAAGUAUUCAAAGUUAUGACAGAGGAUGAAGCAGUUAGAGCACCUGAUGCACCUCAGUUUGGAGCAGAAGAUGACAUAAAGAAGAUGCAGUUGAUUGGAAAAGAAGGAGAACAAGAGGAUGGAGAUAAUAUUGCAGACACUGUCGAAAGAGUAAUUGAGACAACUCAGAAGGAUCAGUUUGCUGUUGAAUUUAACCCGGAAGAAAUCCAAGUUAUGAAAGAGGAUGAGGUAACUGGGGCACCAGAUUCACCGCAAACUGAAGCUGAAGACCCCCCACAAAUGCAAUUGGUUGUAAAAGAACAAGAAAAUGGAGAGAAUAUUGUAGAAGUGGUCGAAGAAUUAGUUAAGACAGCUCAAAAGGUUCACUUUACGAUGGAAAUAAAUCGUGAAGCAAUCCAAGUAAAGGAAGAGGAAAAGACAAUUGAUUCAGCUCGGAUUGAAGCAGAAGACAACCCAGAAAUUCAAUUGAUUGAGGAAGAAAAAGGACAUGACCAUGGAGAAAACAAUGAAGCGGUUGGGACAAUUCAAGACAACCAACUGUUGAGAUUCAGUGAAGAAGAAGAUAGUGAUGAAAAUGAUGAGUACGCGGAUGAGGAAGAAAUGGCAGAGAAAGUUGAAGAAAGCUCUGAAGAAACAGGAGACUCGUCCAUGGAAUCCAACGCGGAGGCAAUUUGGCCAUUGGAGUCAAUAGAGGAAUUAUCACAACAACUCAAAGAAGAAUCCAAAACAAAUAUCCAGAAACUGGAGGAGAAGAUUGAUGAGUACAGAACCGGCGAAACAGAGGAGAGGGGCUGCCAUGCUAGCAUCAACAAUGAGGGUAUCUAUGCCAAUGGCAACUACAAAAUUGAAGAUACAGUACAAUCAAGAAUCAGUCCUAUGAAGGAGCUUCUGAUGAGGAUUAAUGUCUCAACAGACAGGUCCAACAUGGGAAUCUGGAUAUCGUCAGCCGCUGUGCUGCUGCUGCUUGUGGUUGGACCGCUGCUACUUUCAUUUGCCAACAUUGUGAAGCUUUGUCUCAUUGUAUUCUUACUAGUGAUGAUUCUCUCCCAUAUCUGGGAACUACCAUAGCUUUACCUAAAGUACUUAUAAAUAAGGGGUAGUAAGUUUAUAGCGUAUCAAUUCAUGUCUCCAAUGCUUGUUUUUGCAUCUCUAAUACUACAUGUCCCUUGUUAUCCACAAA